UCACUCACCGCAGCCCUUACCGAUUUGAUGCACGCUCUCGCCGCCAUCGGCACGUCGCUCCUAAACUCUGCGCUGGCCGUGCUUCAAUUCUUCCUCGCACUUGGCCAGGAGCUCCUGAACGGCGUCUUGCAGCUCGUGCACGCAGUCGUUGGGUUUGGGAUUGACCUAUUCCAAACUAUCUUUGGGUUUUUCACAACCCACUUCAUCUUCACGGCGCUGCUGCUCAUUGGCGGAGUGUACUAUUGGUACACUGUGAGAGGAGGUGGCGCAAGG